AUGGCCUCCAGCUUCAGUCUCCACGUCAAAAUCUAUAUCGACCCUUCCAACGUGGAAAAGUUCCUCGAGCAUUUCAAGCCAGUCUAUGACGCUGUUGUAAAGGAACCUGAAUGCCGGUUUUUCGAAUUGCAUCAAGAUCCCGCGAACCCGGGAACAUUGACCUGGGUGGAGAACUGGCAUGUCCUCUCCUCUUCUUUUCAAGGAAACCAUGCUAACAACAUCUCUAGGAAUACUACUACCCAAUGGUUUAUGGAGAAUCAAAUGACCAAGGCCUACUACGAGCCAUAUUUGGCCGCAACAGAGCCGAUGUUUGUUAAGCCACGCGAGUUCAAGAUUUACAAUCGUCUUGCGCCAGAUUAUUGUAUGGCUAAAGAUCAGUACUAG